UCCCGGGGGGGUGCCUGCUCGGCGCUCCGCCGGCCGCCCUGCGUACGCUCGCGAGGCGCUCGCAGACUCCAGCGUCGCCAACAUGUCGACCGCCAUGAAUUUCGGGACCAAGAGCUUCCAGCCGCGGCCCCCGGACAAGGGCAGCUUCCCGCUGGAUCACUUAGGUGAAUGUAAGAGCUUUAAAGAGAAAUUCAUGAAGUGUCUUCAUAACAAUAAUUUUGAAAAUGCUUUGUGCAGAAAUGAAUCAAAAGAAUAUUUAGAAUGCAGGAUGGAGAGAAAAUUGAUGCUACAAGAACCAUUGGAGAAACUGGGAUUUGGAGACUUGAUUGGUGGAAAAUCAGAGGCAAAAAAUGAAUGUUGAUGAGAAGACCCCUGGGCCGUGUUCAGUGGUCUCUCGGGACGGAGGGCAUCAUCCUGCCUCUUAGGUCGGCGAAGGCCUGCGUGUGGUGUCCUUAGAAAUGGGCUUCAAAUAGAGGCUCCAGCCCUGUGGGGGUGUCUCCUGGGUAGGGAGUGGCGUCCCGUUUUCCCUUAGGAGGGUAUUUCUGCAUUGAACCCCUGAGUGGGACGGCGUUCCCAGCAAGGCUGGGAGGGAGGUGAGCGUGGGGCAAGACCCUCGUCUUUGAGGCCAGGGCCCUCUUGUAUGGGGCGGUUUUAUGUUGCAGUCCUCUGAUACUUUCUGAGUUCAAACAGGUAAAUGCAUAAAUUUUAGUCCCUUCUGAACACAGAUAUCAUCAGAAAAUGACCAUUCCCUAGCAGGAUGUUUGCGUGUUUGUAUUCGUAUAUGCCAGUUCAUUUCCUUUAAAAAAAAAAAAAAAAAAAAAGUGGAACACAAAGUAGGAAGUGAGAACCUUCUGGCUUUGGAUGGAUUUGACUUCUUGAUUCUUUCUGGUUUUGCCUGAACACCAAGUAGCUUCACAAUCAAAGGGUCAUUUUCUGGUUUGUAUCAGACCGUAUUUAUAAAGUUGGGUAUUUAAUUUCAGUAACUCCAAUAUUUUAACAGAAAAAGAGAACCUGAGUCCAUUUGCGGUUAGGCUGGCACCAGCUGUCUUCUGUGCCAGCCAGCUCUGCCCAAGACCCCUGGCACAUGUUUGCAGCACGGCCUGGUAGGCACCCCUGAGCGGAGUUCUCAGCCCGUCUGCACCGGAGUUGCCUGUGGGUCACGGAAACCCAGCCCGUGUCCACCCAGUGCGUCAGGCCAGCCGGGGCCCAAACCUGUGGGUGGAACGCAGGUGCCUGCACAUCUGGGGCCUCAGCCAGACCUGUCCCCUUUCCAGGCGCUGUUGGAAAGGGGUUGGCUCUUGUCUGGUCAGUGGAGGACAGUGGCAGGAGACGGGGUUGGGGGAUCCAGGUCACGUUCUCUCUAGCGACCCUGGCAGUGGCUGUCUCCAAGUCCUGGCAGGUGAGGCCACCAACCUGGCCGACGUCAGGCUCCGGGAAAGAGGCUGCCCUUGCCCCUCGGGCCUGUGGGUGGCUGAGGCUUCUCAACCCAUCUCUAGUUCUCUGCAGCAAAGGCCCUCUGUUUCUGUCCUGCAGGGGUGGCCCUUUCGUGGUUAAACAUGUCCCUCCCCUCCCCACAGAACUGAGUACCUAUUGUGGCUGGGCCCGCCUAACCCUGUGUCCCUGCACCCAUGGGUUCUACCACCUGCUUCAGCUGCAGCUGUCACCGUCCCGUGUCUGCUCUCUGUCAGGCCUCUGAGUGCUACAGACGUAUUAACGUAUCACCGCUAGUUUAUGGAAAGUCUUGUUUCUUAUUAGAAUAUUUUGUGUAGGCACAGAGUUGCCCCAGCACUGUUUAUAGCAACCCGGGUGUCCUCACAGCGCACAUGAGCCGUGACGCAGCCACCGUGGAGUCGCGCUGACGCGGUGCGGCCACGUGCCAUGAGCUCGCCAACUCGAUGCGGCUAUGUGGCGUGAGCUUACUGUGGAGACAGGCAGGGACACAGGAAACCACAAACGAGAAAUCCAGAAGGAGGAGCUGGAGCUGAUGGGCAUAGCCUGCCACGAGCCCCUCCGAGCACCCCGGGGUGGAGUUCUGGCUGUCAUGGCAGAGGGUUUCACAUGCUCGAAAAGUAAACGAACCAGGAUGUGAGGGGAACACAACAGGCCAUGCCGGCGGAGCUCCCGGGCCCAGGCUGGGGCCUCUUCCCACCGCACGCUGACCUGACGUCAGGAGCGCUGGGGCCCAGGCCGGGCCUACCUCCCCGCUCGCACCGCACUCUGACCUGCUGGUGGGUACGCCCGGGCUGGGGCCUCUUCCCACCACACUCUGACCCGCCGUCGGGAGCGCUCGGGCCUGGGCCGGGCCUACCUCCCCGCUCGCACCGCACUCUGACCUGCUCAUGGGCGCGCCCGGGCCGGGGCCUUCCUCUUCGCACUGCACUCUGACCCAUCAGGAGUGUGGGGGAGACCACUGAGCAAAGCUGGGAAAGAGGAAAGAUACUGAACUCUAGGUAGUACAUUUGUUUUUUGCGUGGACGAUUCUGAAGCUGUAUUCUGAGAUGGAAAAAACUAGAAAUACAUUGUGGAUGAUGAGAGCCAGGUGUAUUGAGCUCCUGCUUUUCAACAUACAAAGGUAACUGGAUAGAGAAACAGAGUGAUUGCCCUCACCUGGCCAGGGUGUACUCCGAGACCCCAGCGGGUGCCUGAAGCCGUGGAUAGUCCUGAAUCUUGUCCACGCUGUGUUUUUUCCUGUACGUACCUGUGAUCAAGUCUGAGGUGUGACAGCAAAGCUGACAGAACUUUCUGCUUCCCUCUUCAGAAUGUCACAGAUGGGCGCCGUGUUCUCAUGGAAGACCUUAGCAGCCUCGGCAUCUGGCUGUUUUUCUUUUAGGUCAGGAGUUUCCACCUUUUCCCUUAAAGGAAGCGCUUGGCAGCUUCUCUGGUGUGUCUGAGUCGCCAGCAUCACCACUGUCGUGUUCUGGGGCCAUUAUUAAGUAAAAUAAAAGCUUCUUGGACCCAAGCGCCGCGUCACCGCGAUGGUCGGUCUGAUCACCGAGAUGGCUGCUGAGUGCCUGGCGGGCAGGGUGGCGUGGACAGCCUGAAACGCUGGACGGAGGGAGGGUUCACGUCCCGGCAGGACGGCUGCUCAGAACAGCACGGAAUCAAAAACUCAUGAAUGGUUUAUUUCUGGAAUUUUCCACUUAGUAUUUUUGGACUGUGGCUGACCAUGGGUAACUGAAACCAUGUGUAAGGGGGACUGUUGUGAGGGGCUGUGCACAAAUGCUUCCCAGCUCUGCCCUGAGGGCCUGGACGCAGUGACCCCCGCACUCAGGGUCUUGGCCCUGAUACCAUUCUCUAACCAAAAGGAACCAGGACCAGGCCAGAGAAGGUAUCAGAUGAGCUAGAGAGUGAAGAAUUGCUGAGACAAGGGGACUUGUUGGAAUAACACGGGGGGGAUGGGAAGGAGCACACGGUGGCCCACCUGGGGCAGUGUGAGCAUGAAAAUGACAGGCCAGGCGCAGCGGCUCAUGCCUGCAAUCCCAGCACUUUAGGAGGCCGAGGUGGGAGGAUCGCUUGAGGCCAGGAGUUCAAGACCAGCCUGGGCAACAUGGUGAAACCGUGUCUAGAAAACAAGAAAAAUCAGCCGUGUGUGGUGUCACCCGCCUGUAGUCCCAGACACUCAGGAGGCUGAGGCAGGAGGAUCACUUGAGCCAGAGGUUAAGUCUGCAGUGAGCUGUGAUUGUACCACUGCUCUCCAGCCUGGGCAACAGAGCAGGACCCUGUCUCACAAAAAAAGGAAGAAAAUUAAUUAUUGUAAUGGGCUGUAGCCCAUUACACACAGAAUAAAUUGAUAUCCAGUAGUCUAUAGAACGUAAGUAAUUGGGUAAACAUGUCAGUGAGGGGAGGGCCAGGUCUGUCUUAUUAAUUCUAAUAUAGAAGAAAUUUGGGGAACAGGAAAUUGCUGUUGCAGAAACCACACUGGUGACAGGUGCAGAUCACAACCCUCAGUGGGCCAGGUGUGGUGGCUCACGCCUAUAAUCUCAACACUUUGGGAGGCCAAGGCAGGCAGACCACUUGAGGCCAGGAGUUCGAGACCAGCCUGGCCAACAUGGAGAAACCCUGUCUCUACUAAAAAUACAAAAAUUAGCUGGGGCUGGUGGCGCGUGUCUGUAAUCCCAGCUAUUCGGGAGGCUGAGGUGGGAGAAUCACUUAAACCAGGAGGCAGAGGUUGCAGUGAGCCGGGAUUGUGCCACCACACUCCAGCCUGGACGACAGAACCAUCUCAAAAAAAACCCUCAGUUGCCAUGAAGUGAAUGGUGAUGUGUGGUGUGAAGCAGGUGUCUGCUGAGUCUUGAGAAACCUCCCCUUGAGAUGUGCACUGACCUCCGAGGAGACAGUGGUCACAUCACAGCAGAACAGCAGAGGCCCCCUUAACCCAGUAGUCACCGCCGGGAGUGAGUCGCACAGGCAGCACCGACCUGGGGGCGUCCCUGAGGGCACAGUGUCACCUGUGGUUCUCUUGCCCAAUUGCAUGUCCUGAAUGUAAUCCCAAGGAGACAUCAGACACAGACCCAAACUGAGGGGCCUUCUGCGAAGUGACUGGCAGCACUGGCCCAGUGUUAUGUAAGAUGUUAUUUGGGGAACUGGGCAUACACACUAUCCUAUUUUUAGAACUUUCUGGAAGUCUGAAAUUAUUUUGAAAUGAGGAAAAAAAUAUGCUUUGUAUGAAACUGUAGUGGAAUAGAUUGAGUCGAUUCUCAUUUCGAAAUAUCUUCAAAGAGUUUCCAGUAGGCAUGGUGCCGGCAUGAGUGGUUUCAGCAGGUCACAGGCAGAGAAGCCGGAAUCCCAAAAUAGCGCCAUUGUGUGGACAGCCUGACUCCUUACAAACGCGCACCGGCUUCCCAACGUUGCCUUUGAGUUUCUGGGUCUGGCUGCUGAAUGUGUUGUGCUUAAGAAUCCAGACACCCUGCUGUUCCUGCCAGAGCUUCUCACAAGAUAUUUCGGGUAGUUCAUCAUCUGUCAUGUGCAGAAUGCAUUUUAUUUCUCAUAGACGCUUGUCAUGAUAAGCCAGCCACAUUAUUAAAAGGCUCCCAGAGACAA